AUGCCUCCUCCGCUGGAAGAAAUGUCGGACGGCGAGUCUACUGGAGGCUCUAUCCCCUACGCGAACAAGGACGAGGAACAACAAGAACCCAAGGACACAGAUAAGGCCGCCUCGGGCGGAGAAGAAGGUGAAGAGGAAGAGGGCGUAUAUAUCGUUGAACAGGUCGUGGGCCAUGACUUCCUUAAAGAUGGCACACUCCUGCUUCAAGUGAAAUGGAAGGGAUACGAGGACCCGGCAGAUCAGACUAUGGAGCCCGAAGAAAACCUGAUGGAGGGUGCGAAGGAUUUGGUCGAGGAAUACUACAGAGUUCAAGGUGGUCGUCCGGAAAAGCCGGCUCCCAAGAAGCGCAAGUCGGCUGGACGGCCCAAGCAGACUCCCGAGAAGGCAGCACCUAAGAGACAAAAGAAGUCGACUGACGGCAACACUAUCGGGACACCAACUUCAACAGCAUCAGAAGAGAACGAGAACGAAAAUGGGGACGUUUACACCGACUGGACGCCCAACCGCAAAAGCUGGGAAAAUGAUGUGCAAAGCAUUGAGACCAUCAUGCGCGAAGCGGAAACAAGCAUUUUAUACGCGUACAUACAAUGGAAAGAUGGGAGGAAGUCGAAAGUGUCUCUUGAAACGUGCUACGAAAAAUGCCCGAGGAAGAUGCUCAAAUUCUAUGAGGCUCAUCUUGUCUUCAAAGAGGGUUAA